AGAAGAAGGAGGAGGUGUAGCCAGGUGUUGCUACAUAUCGAGGUUUUCUCCGAGUUAAAUGUCAACAUGUUCAAAGCAAUGACAGAGACUUGUUCUGUUUUCGGUUGCAAAGCUGAUAAAGAAGUGGUGAGCCUUCACGUGUUACCCAAAGACCUGAACAUCCGGAUGAAAUGGGUGCAUUUUAUUUGGAAAAAUCGCAACAUCCCAACCAAACUUCCAGAUAAAACUCGGGUUUGCAGUAGUCAUUUUCCAGAAGCCAGCUUUGAAAAUUUUAUCCAAAAACAGAUGGGCUUCGCCACCAAACUUAUCCUGAAGCCGGACGCUGUUCCGACCAUUUAUCCCGGAGAGGCGGCGGGCAGCAGCCAGCACGGAGGUCCGCCGAGUAUUACUGCUUUGCGAUCACACACUAGAGAUGUGGGCUGUCAGUGCGACCCGCCGGAGAGACCACAGAGGACGGUGUCCACCCAGCUGUCACAUCUCACCUUAAUACACAGGCGGAGUCAAGCUAUCCAAGUCAAGCCAUCCACCAAAGGGUUUGGAGUCAACACAGAUGUGUCAGCAGGAUUUGGAGGAUUCCUCUCUACUACCAUCAAAGAGGAGUCUCCUCCUUUGAAAAGGAGACGCAUUGAUGCAUUGUCAGAUGGCACAGAGGAGUCAGAGGACACCAAGCCACAUCCCGAUGACACUUCAUACCACCAGAGCACCUCUGCUGUUGGUGAAUCAGCCAAUGUGAGCCAUGAGACACUGGUACAAGAUGCCACCAAGUAUAUCGUCUAUGAGGACUGCCUGUUAAGCCUGUUUCAUACCUGCCCCCGCUGUGGCCAGACUUGUGAGGUGCACAAGUUUGUCCGGGGAACCUUUCUGUCUGUGUCACAGAGGUGUCCUUUCUGCCAGUUCAACCGCAAGUGGAACAGUCAGCCGAUCAUUGGUAGCACCCCAGCAGGCAACCUGCAUCUGUCUGCAGCUGUCAACUUUACCGGUUCAUCAUUCAGACAGUUUAACAAGGUUCUGUCUGCACUCAAGGUUCGAACCAUAGCUGAGACGACAUACUUUGAUCAUGCCAGAUCGUACAUGGAUCCGUGUGUUUUCUCAACCUGGAAGCGGUUACAAGCAGACCUCAUCCAGACUCUGAGCCAGAGGGAGGAUGUCACACUGGGAGGCGACAUGCGAGCCAAGAUCCCAGGGCACAACGAUAAAUACGGUUCCUACUCAGUCAUGGACCUCCACAAUGGAAACAUUGUAGAUGUCCAGCUGAUGCAGAGCAGUGAAGUUGGCAGCAGUGCAAACAUGGAGACAGAGGGCCUGAUGAGGAGUCUUUCUUUUCUGGAGUCGUCUGGGGUGACGAUAAAGGCCGUGGUGACGGACAGGCAACCACAAAUACAGAAGUACUUGAAAGAGCAGAAACCAGAUAUCACGCAUUUUUAUGACAUGUGGCACAUUGCAAAAGGUGUUUCCAAGAAGUUGGAGGCUCUGGCCAAGGAACAGAAGUGUGACAAGGUGAAAAAAUGGCAAAAAUGUGUCAUCAAGCAUCUUUACUGGUCUUCCACCUCUUCAUCGUCUGGUGAAGAAGCUGUGGCUAAGUGGGCAUCAAUCUCCAAUCAUGUGCAGAACAUCCACAGCCACGACAAUGCCCUUUUCCCAGAGUGUCAGCACUCUGAGACGAGUGGGGGUCCCUCCAAAAAGUGGUUAAAGCCUGCAUCAAAACCUGCCUUCAAGUUCCAGAGAAUUGUGAAGAACAAACGCCUGAUGAGAGACGUAGCAAAACUUAGUCCUACCCAUCAGCUGUCGGCCAUUGAGAGGUUCCAUGGCGUAUUUCUGCAGUUUGCCCCCAAAAAUUUGGUCUUCUCCUACCGUGGAAUGCUGUGCAGAUUGUGCCUGGCUGCCAUUCAUUUCAAUGAAAAUGUGACACGGGGUCAGCUGAAGACCAAAGAUGGAGCACUGGUCUAUAAAAUCAAGUGCCCAAAGACAAAGAAGGGCAAAUGUUCCAUUCAGGCAGUCAAGACAAAGCCAACCUCUGGCUACGUGGACAACCUGCUCCAGGUCCUCUUUAGUGAGGUGCUAAAUGAUCCCGGACGAUUCACCGCUCAGCUGGACCAGCUGACCUCCCCAGAACCCUUGUGUACUCAGCCCAAGAAGUCUGACAGGGAGGAGGCCAUUGCUGGGAUUUUGUCACGAUUCAGUUGCCCAGGUGAGUGGAGUGGAAAAGAGGAAGUGCCUGAUGAGCAAGAAGUGCAAUUAUCCAAUCCAAGUAGCCAAGACAACUCCCACAUAUGGUAAAACUUUCACAAGUAACUACAGUUAAAAAUGCAUUAUCUACAUUAGUGCAACU